AUGACUGCAGUGUCGACUGAUUCCUACAUAUUUAACGUUAACAGGCACCAUACUGAUAUCAUGGAAGCAAAAAGGGGACUAAGGCAAGGUGAUCCUAUAUCACUUAUGCUCUUUGUCAUUGUUAUGGAGUGCCUAAACAGAUACUUAUACAAGAUGCAAAAGGAUGGUGAUUUCAAUUAUCAUCCCAAAUGUGAUAAAUUGAUAAUCAUAAACUUAUAUUUUGCGGACGAUAUUCUUUUGUUCUCCAGAGGUGACAAUAUUUUAGCUGAAAUGAUGAUGGCAUAUAAAAAAUUCUCGAAAGCAAAAGGUUUGGUGGUGAAUCCACAAAAAUGUCGAUUAUAUUAUGCUUGUAUUGAUGUGUUGACUCAAAGAGAUAUCCUCGAAGCCUCGGGGUUCCAAGAAGGCCAACUACCAUUUAAGUAUUUAGGUGUUCAUGUGACAAGGAGGUUACAACUUAUUAACAGUGUUAUGUUUGUGAUGACUAACUACUGGCUCAAUUGUUUCCCCCUCCCCAAAAGUGUCCUACAGAAAAUUGAUACAAUCAGCCGCAUAUUUCUUCGGACAAGUGGAUUUGAUGGGAGCCGAAAAGCACCUGUAGCAUGGAAGCAGAUCUGUAGGCAUAUAAGUCAUGGAGGAUUGAAUUUCAUUGACAUUGAAGCUUGGAAUAAAACCAACUUAAUGAAACUGCUUUGGAACCUAAGUGAAAAAGAAGAUUCUUUAUGGGUUAAAUGGAUACAAGCAUACUACGUUAAGAACAACGAGCUGAUAGAAAUGGAAAGUAAAAUUAGCGACUCCUGGAUUAUGAAAGAUGUUCUCAACUAG